AAUUUCCAGGAUAAAAACAAAAUCCUAAAUGCUGUAAAAAAUCUUAAAGGAACUGGUGUGUAUAUUAACGAGGAUUUUUCGCAAGAAACGAUUGAACAACGAAGGAAACUUUGGGAAGAGGUGAAACGACUUCGAAGUGAAGAUAUCUAGUUUUUGAACAUUUCAAUGGCGGCAACACAAUCAAGAUCUACUAGUCAAAACAAUCAAGAUCUAUUAACAGCUGCUAUGUCAGCAGUUUAUGAGAUUAAAUUGGAGUCACCCACCAAUUCAAUGGUGGGAAUGAUUCUUCCUACAGAACCAUUUGAAAAAGUUUCUUUGUUUGAGCAUCAAAGGAUAAACUAUUAUGAUUGUUUGUAUGGUAAAGUAGGCAGCUCAACUUCAGAGAACAUUAAAGAAAAAAAAGUGCAUAUAGAUAUAUUCGUCAAAACUUUAACCGGCAAAACUAUUACAUUUGAAUAUAUUGAUCAAGAAACACUUGUUUAUGACCUCAAAACUAUGAUAAUGCAAAGUGAAGGUAUACCACUAUCUGAUCAAAGCCUAAUAUUUGCUUCAAACAAAUUAGAAGAUAACAAAAAACUAGUUGAUUAUAACAUGCAAAAUAAAUCAACUAUACUUCUAUUACUUAAAUUGCGAGGUGGAGGAUAUAAUUUAACUCAAUAUAUUUUGGAUCCCUCGAGUCAAGAUCCACAAUAUGAUUAUGAUUUUACAAAUGUAACAGAUGAAAAUAAAACUUUUAAGCGAGGUGGAAUGAACUAUGUUCGCCCAUGUGGAUGGAUGCGCUUUGCUAUUAAAGUGUCCGAUAAAUAUGAAAAUUUAACGUGGUUAGGUAAUAGCAAUAUUCCGGGAGAAUGGGCUGUGUCAUACCAUGGAACUGGUAAAAAUCAAGCUAAAUCUAUUGCAAUGGAUGGCUAUGAUUUAACAAAAGGAAAAAGAUUUGCAUUUGGGGUAGGAGUUUAUUCAACUCCAGAUAUUAAAGUAGCAGAAAAAUAUGCCAUCAAAUUUUCGCAUAAAAAUAAGCAAUAUGCAGUUAUACUACAAAACCGCGUAAAUCCUGCAACAGUGAUAAAAAUACCAGCUAAUCGCACUGAUGUAGGUGAAUACUGGAUUAGUCCCAGUGUCGAAGAUAUUCGUCCGUAUGGAAUAUGCAUUCGAAAACUCUAAGUAUAAUAAAGACAAUUAACAAAUAAACUAACGUUUGAAACAUUUUAAUAUAUUUUUUUUAUUA